AUAGCAUAUAAAGUCGCGUGAUCUGUUUGGAGGAGGGUGGAACGGUUUUUGCCUCGGAAGAAUCGUCGAGAUCGACUCGUAGAAAGUUUAUCAGCGGAUUUGAUAAAUGAACAUGGAAGAUGACGCGGUCAGAAAUCUCUGCACCCACGUAUGAACUUUCAUGGGAGAGAAAAAACGUAACCGGCGUGAAAGGUAUUCUCCGGAGGAAUUUAAUACUCCCCGAUGGAGGUCGUUUAUUUUCUCUAGAUUUCGAUCGUCUCUACGGUUACGACAGAUUGCGCGAGCUUUAGAUUUUCUCGGAGACGUAAAACUCUUCGAGAAGAUCGCCAUACUUGGACGAUUCGCUCGAUGACCGAAUAGUGUCUUUUCUCGCGUAGAAAAAAAAUGUCGACGUGGUACAAAGAAUGACCUCCUUUGAAAUAGUUUGGCAAAAAACUCGGUUCGAGAUCGUCGGGGACUGCUCGUAAAAGAAUGAGAUUGAAUUUCAAUCUAGGAACGGCGAUUUUAUCGUCGCGGGAAAACGUGCCUCGCGACGAAUAACUCGUGAACUUACAGUGUGGGAGCACCGAAUGCAAAAACAAAGGAGACACUUUGUAUUGCUGUUCAGAUGUGUAAUCUGCUUCCUUCUAUAGAAUCGCGUCGCUUAACCCUCGCGAAUCAGUUCUAGGUCAGCUUCGAUACUUUAGUAUCUCGCGAGAAUUUCGAGGGAUAGUGAAAUACGAAGUCCCCCGGAUUUUUAUACGGCUCUAGUUCUAUUUUGUCAAAUAAAACUCUGCUGCACAUUUGAGAUAUUGUCUAUAAAGUUCAGGUUUUACGCUCGAUCUUCUGCCUGUUUUACUAUCGAAGGAUGCAGGUUGUAGUUGAAGCAAUUUACGUGGUCCCUCAUUCUGCUUCAAAAUGAUUCACCGUGACCCUCGAAUAGAAAUUUCCGAGCUGUAUAAAUUGAAUAUUACAAAAUAUAUCAAACGAAUUUUAAUUAAUCUAAUCAAUAUUGCUAUAGAUGGUGCUUAUUGAAUUAAUUCUAAUUAAUAAUCGAUGCAAUUUAUAGUUCCAGCAAACCCUCGGUUCCUUUCGCAAUGAUUUAAAAUGUUCUACGAUUAAAAAUAUACAAUCUAUAGAAAAUAAACACCAGACAAUGUUCCGAAUUAAUUAUUUAACGAAACAAAAAUUAUCUCACCGGUUCAACUCCGUCUUCAUCUAUGUAAACAGCAUCGACGUGAUUCGCGAAACUUGGAAAACAGUCAGUGUGUUUGCGACCGACGUGCGUGCUGCACCUACGCGCUCGUUAAACCGGCGUGUACACCUCAGUUUCGCAGAGUCCGUCGACGCGUUCGCAUCCCUUUCGAAACCCGACGUAGCACGUCGACGCGACGGUGCUGAAUUCGCUCCCGCAGUGUGUCCUCUGUGUUGUCCCUUUACGAAUUUCGCCUUCGCGCGACCAGAAAAUCCUAAAAGAUUGUUCACCGUUUCCGAAAAAAACGUUUCCUGCGAUGUUACAAAUCCUGUUAGCUUGGGAAGCUAACGAUAAGAAGUCGACGUGAAGAAACGGUGGCAAAGAAGCUUGGGAAAUUGAUCGCCUGGCCUUUGAAAUCCUGCAACGAAUAAAUGACGAAGCCCGACGACUCGGAGACACUUGUCGGGCAAUGGCUUUUUCGUCGUCGACCAACAAAGAGGAAUUACCAUUAAUGCUUUAACAAUUGUCGAGAAGUGAAAAAACAGCAUCGAGAUAACUUUUUCGUGGAGUGCAUUCUCCUGAACGUUUCGAGGCCGUUUUACAAAAAUUGUGGUGUCAUAAUGGCGACCCGGGGCGCGAGAGGGUUGUGAGAACAGAUAUCUUUAAUUACAAUGACUAUGUUAAUUAAAACGGCCGGUAUCGAGCCGCUGAUAGCCGGCUGGCUGGUGUCAGUGGUCUCGACACUGGUUCAGGCCGCUGACUACGACGAUGACUAUUCGUCGAUGGAUUACACCGAUCCAGAAACAUACAACAACGCAACAAACUGCAGCAACGUCUACUGCAUUUCGAACGAGGAAUACGUGGACCGCAUGAUGAACUACAUAUUCCCGAAAUUCUGGGACUGGGCGCUGAUCGCUUCCCACACGGUGAUCUUCGUGAUCGGCCUGGUCGGAAACGCGCUCGUCUGCAUUGCCGUCUACAGGAAUCACUCGAUGAGGACCGUCACCAACUACUUCAUCGUUAACCUCGCUAUCGCCGACUUCCUGGUGCUGUUGCUCUGUCUGCCGUUCACUGUGCUCUGGGACGUCACCGAGACAUGGUUCUUAGGACUCACUCUUUGCAAGGCUGUCCCCUACCUUCAGACAGUCUCGGUGACCGUGAGCAUAUUGACUCUAACUUUUAUAUCGAUAGACCGAUGGUACGCAAUAUGUUUCCCAUUGCGGUUCAAGUCGACCACCACCAGAGCGAAGACUGCUACCAUCGGCAUCUGGGCCGUCGCACUUAUCUUUGAUAUUCCAGAUCUGGUGGUUCUGCAUACAGUCCCUCCCACCCACGUUAAAGUAAAAACGAUACUGUUCACGCAGUGCGACAUAUCCUGGAGCCAGGAAAGUCAAGUCACCUUCACCAUUGUCAAACUGAUUUUUCUCUACACCGGGCCACUGAUCUUCAUGAGCGUGGCGUACUGGCAAAUCGUGAGGGUCCUAUGGAAGAGCGACAUUCCAGGUCACAAUUUGGCGCCGCGAGCCUCGCAGAUGAGCCAAACCCCUGCCUCCGUCGGCGGUAAUCCCGAGACACAGCUAAGAUCCAGACGGAAGGCGGCAAAAAUGUUGGUCACAGUGGUCAUCACUUUCGCUAUUUGCUAUUUCCCGGUGCAUUUGCUCUCCGUGUUAAGGUAUACCAUUACGUUACCGUCGAACAAGUGGAUCAACGCCAUCAGCUUAAUCGCGCACGGCCUCUGUUACUUUAAUAGCGCGGUUAAUCCGUUGAUCUACAACUUCAUGAGUGGAAAAUUUCGGAAGGAGUUUAAACGUACUUUUCGUUGCACUCGAGGAAACGGUUCUAGAGCUCAACGUGGCUACCUCGCUAGUUCAUCUAAUCUUGCCAGAAUAAAGACUCGGACCACUACUAUACGAACAACGUUCAAAAAUAAUAAUAACGUUCAACGAAACUCUGAAAUUAUACCUCUCAGCGCUAUAACGAGUAUUCAGCAAAACGAAAAACACGAUUGAUCGUAAGUAGAUAUGUUUAUAAUUGUCGGAUGCGCAAUGAGAUUCACAAGGGAUCGUUUAUUUGCAUUGUAAUCGGAACUUUAAUGUAAAGGUAUACGGUACUUAAUAAUUACAAAGAAACAGCAUAAUGUACGUUCAACUGGUUAUCAUUCAAAUAACAAAGGACAUUUGAAAAAGCGAUCUGUAUUUAGUUCCUACUUCCGUAAAAAUCGGUAGACAUUGAUACGCCAUUUUGCAUAUGAGAUUUCGCAUAAUAUAACGAAGCGUCGAGUUGUUUUUGUUUGUUCGAAUGUACCGAUCUCGAUAAUAAAAGUGAUUAACAUUCGUCCUCGCUGAACAUGAACUGGAACUAUAGGCACACACGCGCAUCUGCACGUUAUUUCACUUAUAAUCGACUGGUAUCAUACGUGACCGUUGUUGUAUCUAUAAUUAUUUUUCAAACGAUAUGCCAGCCACGCCGACAAAAUCGGGUAUAAAAAGUUUCAUAACAUACACAUACAUGUGUACGUAUACGUUGCUACUAUGUUAUAAAUAUAAUGCGAUGUAAAAUCCGACACUAUGUACACUAUCUCCUAACAUUUUAUGUCGUCUCAAUGGAACUUAUUGUUAAUCCGCUAACGUUAUACAAUUCAAUUGUGUAUGAGGAUUAUUGCGCGCAAAGAUCAAUUCCAUUAUUUAUACGAUCCCGUCGCUAUUCCUCUUGAAUGAUGGAUUUUAUACGAAUUGAAUCUUGAUCAGUAAGUUUUUACUUCUAAUAAUCUUCUCCAGAAAAAAUCAAAAAAUCAAAACAUAGGACAAAUAAAUUUAGUCACUUAUGAAAGAACUUCUUAUGAAUAUAUUAUCUUUCCAUUCCAUAUUGCCAGUAAGAAAGCAUGUUAUAAGCGUAUUUAUUAAAAAAGAAAAAAAAAAGACUCAUCGCGGUUCAAUAAAAUCUAUUAGUGACAAGAUUAGUAUAUUAGCCUAUUAGGCUUUGCGAAUAUUAUUUGCGAAAUUAUAGUGACGAUUUUCCUUCAACGAUUGAUGUUUUUCGCGAUCGGUAGUGUAAGUAAAUUAAAGCAUUAAGUAAUGAUUACCUA